UUUCUCAUAAAGUACAGUGGCUGGCAGAACAGAGCAAACGGACUGUCGUAUGGAGAUUUUCAAUAGUAGUACCCGCGAGGCUACGAUACGACCCGACCUGAGCUCGAAAGGCUAAGUCAGAUAUAUUUAAUUAAUAAAAUUAAAUUUAAUUAAUCUACAUAAUCAUUGAUUGGGCUUAUUCAACUAAUAUUCAAGACAUUUAAUAAUGAAGCGGAAGAUAAUUGUGAUGAAAUUAUAAAGACGAUGUGAUUUUAAGAAAUCGUGGUAAAUACUGUGAUAAUAUUUAGCGUAUGAUAAAAACAUAGCGAUGUACGCACCAUAGACUCGAUAACUGUGGAAACCAAAUAAUCCGAUUUACUGGAACAAUCUGGGCUCUACAUUUGCGUCGCAGUGAGCAGUAGAAGAGUAGUAAGAGAAGAGUUGCAGAUCAAAAUCGUCGAUGACAGUGGGUGGGUAAAGCCUUAAAAGGUAAAAUAAAUACUUUUUUUUUUUUUGGGUUAUUGUGUGAUGGCGCCUCCGAAGAAAUCGAAGAAGAAGAAAAAAGAAAGCAGAAAAUUGAACAAGAGCAAAACCAUGAGCGUCGUUCCUUUGGAACCCAAAGCCAUCGAUUCCGACUGGUGGGAUAGUUUCUGGGUCAAGAAUUCCUCCAUUUCAGGUUCUACGGUUCCUACUGAUGAAGCAGAAGGAUUUAAGUAUUUCUUUAGGGUCUCAAAACAGACUUUUGAGUAUAUAUGUUCCCUGGUAAGAGAAGAUCUUGUGUCAAGACCACCAUCAGGGCUCAUCAAUAUUGAAGGAAGGCUUCUCAGUGUUGAGAAACAGGUUGCAAUCGCCCUCAGAAGGUUGGCAUCUGGUGAGUCCCAAGUGUCAGUUGGAGCUGCCUUUGGUGUUGGUCAGUCUACAGUUUCUCAGGUGACUUGGAGGUUCAUCGAAGCAUUGGAGGAGCGUGCCAGACACCAUCUCAAGUGGCCUGAUUCCAGUAGGAUGGAAGAAAUCAAGUCCAAACUUGAAGCUUCCUUCGGGUUGCCCAAUUGCUGUGGUGCCAUAGAUGCAACACAUAUCAUUAUGACCCUUCCUACUGUUCAAACUUCGGAUGAUUGGUGCGACCCAGAGAACAACUACAGCAUGCUCUUGCAGGGAAUUGUUGACCAUGAGAUGAGAUUUCUUGAUAUUGUGACUGGUUGGCCAGGUGGCAUGACUGUGUCUAGAUUAUUGAAGUGCUCAGGAUUCUUCAAGCUCUGUGACAGUGAAGAACGUUUAAAUGGAAAUGUAAGAACUUUAUCUGGAGGAAUGAAGAUUAGAGAAUAUAUAGUUGGUGGGCUUGGUUAUCCUCUUCUUUCCUGGCUCAUAACUCCUUAUGAGAAUAAUGGCCUCUCAACUUCCUUGUCCGCAUUUAAUGCAAUGCAUGAGGCUGCAAGAUUGCUUGCUGUGAGAGCAUUCUCGCAGUUAAAGGGCAGUUGGAGAAUCCUUAACAAGGUUAUGUGGAGACCUGAUAAACGGAAAUUGCCAAGCAUUAUUUUGGUAUGUUGUUUACUUCACAAUAUAAUUAUAGACACUGGAGAUAAAUUACAUCCAGAUGUUGCUUUAUCUGGACAUCACGACUCAGGAUACAGAGAACAGUCCUGUAAGCAAGUUGAUCCGAUGGGGAGGACUGCCCGGGAAAAUAUAGCCAAAGCACUGACAACAUAGCAAGCAGAGUGCUUCACCGAAGUUCUAAAUUUUUUGGAAAAGGAAAAUGAUUUACUUCAAAUUUUUGUUAUUCUUCUUAUUUUUAUUCUCUUGAUCUGUUUUAGAUUGGUACCUUGUAUCUAGGAGAAAUGAGAAUAUUUGUUGACAUCACUGUUCCUUGUUUUCAGUGUCAAUUGGUUUCGUAGGCACAUACAGUUGUCCCGUUUGCUCUUCAGUAUUGGCUUGCAAUCGCGUUUGCAGAAGGAUAGUUUUAAGAUUAAUUUUUUGUAACCCAAAGAGAAGAAAGUUCUCAAUAUAUAUGAUAAUGCUUCCACUUUUUUUUGUUGUACAAGCCAUAUUCUAAAGUUUCCUUGAUCUAUUAGGUGGAAAAAUAUAGUAUCAAAAAAAUCAUCAAUGGCUCAUAGGGGCAUCACCGAAUGCACGAGAUUAAGGUGUUGGCAACUCUUUAAAAAUGGUUUCCUGUAAAAAGACCUUAUUCUUUAUUCGAGAAAACGCAAAACAAAUAAUGUUAAUAAGAAAUUGACGAGAUUGGGCUUCCUUUAAUUAGUAGAUAGGCCUGUUCAUGUACAGCAGAAUCUCAAAACUAAGGAAAAACUGAUUGUCACUAUUAAAAGGCAAAAU